UUUUCUCCUCUCUCUAAAGACACGCAGACCAACAGACAACAGAGUACACAACUACUAUUAUAGAUUUAGGACUUAGAAAAUAUAAAUUCCGACACCGUCUUGUUACGUGUUUUCCGAUUUCAAUUUGCAAAGGGAUUGAAGCCUUGGGGUCCAGAUAGCGAUAGGUGAGUGAGGAUUACAAGAAGAAGAAGAAAAAAAAAACCAGGGUGGUUGUUUUUGUUGCUGCUACUGCUGCUGCUGUUGUUGUUGUUACAGAGACAGAGUCGUAGUAGUGGUGUAGUAGUAGCUUCUUCUUGUUUCUCGUAUCUCGGGUCGCGCCGUUCGUGUUUGUCGCUCGUGCGUGAGUUCUGUGUUUUUCUUUUCUGCUUUUCGAGUUUCAAUCCCGAAACCCUCAAAUCUCGAGGCUGUUUUUUGUUCACAUAACAAGAGACAACUGUUUUUCGUCUUCCGCCAUUUUCUCUCGUGUCUUGAACCAGGGUACUGCCACCUACGCCUCUCGUUUUCUUCGUUGCUUUCGUUCACUGCACUUGAGGUUUGUUACUUCCUUAUUAACUGGAGGGUCGGUGUUCAAUUCAACUUGCGUGAUAUUUACUACACUGUUACACUUUUGUUUUUCUGAUUCUCAGUUUGGUUCUUUUUUUCUUUUUUUUAUGUUAUCAGGGUUUUGGGAUUAGUUUUUUAAUAUUAUUAUAUAUGUUUUUUAAUUUAAGUAUUGGGAUCAUUGGUUGUUUUCUGAGGUUGUUUCUUAGUUCCUCGUACUUGGUCUCUCUGCUGGUUUGAUUGAUAUUUAAGGUGAAUUUGUGAGGAGAGGGGAAAGGUUUCUAUUUUCAUGUGGGACUUUUUUGUUUGAGGAGUAUUGCAAGAUAUGCUGAUCUCUGAUGAAGGAGAUAAUGAUGUGUUCUUUGAUUCAUUGGAUUGUUUCUCACCUCGUCAAGAAUCUGUUUUGAUAAAGCAAAAUUUUGGGUAUGAGUUUUGGCUUAAUGAGCCUCUUAGUGUGAAGGAAAGAAAGGAAAUUUUUCUACAAGAGAUGGGUUUUGUUGAUGAUUCUUCUGAAAACAAAAUUGUGCACUCCGACGAGAGGAUAAUGGAUUGCAGUGAAGCAGAAUUGAAUGAUUGUGUUUUGUCUUCAAUGGACAAAGCGACUUCUGAGGCGGGAGGCUUGUCGGAGAACAGAGAUGAUGAUGAUGAAAAAACUGAUGCAAGUUUACAAGGAGAGGAGUUACAAGAGUUAAGACAUAGAGAAGCUGAGACUGUAGAGGAAUUCGGUAAAAAGAAAAAGAAAAACUGGUGGAAGCAAUUUGUGAACAGUGGGAAACUAGCUAGAGGGAUGGUUAGAUCGAAGUUUAUUAGCACGAGUACGGAUGAAACUUGUCGAAUCAAUGUGAGGCGCAACAAGAAAAGCUGGAAUGAGUUUAGUGCGGUGUAUGGUGGACAAAAGAUUAGAGCACAUAAAGGUCUAAUUUGGACUAUGAAGUUUAGUCCCAGUGGGCAGUAUCUAGCAACUGGAGGCGAAGAUGGUGUUGUUCGUAUAUGGCUUGUUUCGUCGCUGAAUGCUUCUAGUAUUUGUUAUGCUAAAGAAGUUAGUGCUGUUAGCAAAUUGAAACAUGGCGUGUCUUUUUCUUCGAAGAAAUGUUGUCAAUCGCCCGUUGUUGUUCCGAGUAAGAUUCUCAAAAUUGAGGAAUCACCGCUUCAAGAACUAUAUGGACAUUCCGGUGAUGUGAUGGACUUGGCUUGGUCUGAUUCUGAUAUGCUCCUUUCCUCGUCUAUGGAUAAAACAGUUCGCAUGUGGAAAAUUGGUUAUAAUCAAUGUUUAAAAGUCUUCCAUCACAAAGAUUAUGUUACAUGCAUUCAAUUCAACCCGGUUGAUGAAAAUAAUUACUUCAUAAGUGGCUCCAUAGAUGGAAAAGUCCGAAUAUGGGGAAUACAUGAAGAGCGAGUUGUUGACUGGGCAGACACGCGAGAUGUCAUUAGUGCUGUUAGUUAUCAGCCAGACGGGAAGGGGUUUAUAGUUGGUUCCCUUUGUGGUAUUUGCCGCUUUUAUGUAGCUUCAGGUAAACAAUUCGUGCAUAAGGCCAAGAUUCGUGUCAACGAAAAGAAGAAGAGAUCAUCUGGCAACAAGAUUACUGGCAUUCAGUUUUCCCAUAAAAACCAUCGCAGAGUUAUGAUCACAUCACGAGAUUCCAAAGUUAGAAUAUUCGAAGAUGCUGAACUUGUUCAGACAUAUAAAGGUCUUCCAAUGUCAAGAAGUCAGAUGUCUGGUUCAUUUACAUCAAGCGGAAAUCACAUAAUUUCGGUUGGAGAGGACUCUCGUGUGUAUAUUUGGAACUUCAAUGACUCGGGAAAUUACUUUUCCAAACAAAGAAAAACAGACAGUUCUUGUGAGCAUUUUCGCUCCAAGGGGGUUACGGUCGCAAUACCUUGGUCAGGCAUGACAUCAGAAAGAAGCUGCUCUCUCAGCGACUUUGCCAACUAUUCUUCCGAAAAACAACUCCAAUUAGCGGCUGCUCCCAGUUUUAGAGAGUCGGAACGUUUUUCUUUUGGGAGUUGGUUCUCCAUUGAUGGUUCGUGCCGACGAUCUAUGACAUGGCCCGAGGAGAAACUUCCCAGUUGGGAUUCACCUCUAUCAGAAAUUGAAUUUGAUCAUGAGGAGCUAUCGUUUAAAGACCUAUGGCAUGAGAAUCGUAUACCAGAAACAUGGGGACUCUCGGUUGUUGCAGCAGGUCUUGAUGGAACCAUCAAGACAUUUCACAACUUUGGGUUUCCUGUUAGGCUUUAGAACUCAAAAGGAAACUAACCCAAGCAUGUUUGGUAACGCGGGAACUUUACUCGGACAACACACGAUGAAUGUGAAACAGGUAGUUUGAGCUUCACUCCUGACGUGCGAUAUCAUCGUGAUAUUGUCGGUGUUCAAACACACAAUCUCUAAAAUUCAAAGCUGUUUGAAUUUUGUAUUCAUUUUGAUUGGUAAAAGUGGACAUAUUUAUCAAGGAGUUUUCAGUUUCAACUUCAAGGCCUUUGAUCCCAACAUAACCUUGGGAAAAAAUUGAAUUGAGCUCAGGUAGAACCUAGAAGUAGGAUUUUGGUCAUAGGUAAAUUCAUGUUAGAUGCCAAACUUUCUGACAUGUUUUUUUUUGAGGAUUUGUACAUUUAUUUUAGAGUUAGGCCAUGAGAAUCCUACUUUUUUUUGCUACACAUUUUUUGUGUGAAUAUCGAUUAACUUAUACAAUACAGAUUUAUAAAAAAAUCAUUGAAGUUUUAUUCUGAUACAAGCCUAUGUAGCUUAUGAAUACUUUUUAUAAGUAAGUUUUAUUGAUUAUUAUCCAAUUUUGUGUUAAGUAAAAGAUAUAAAGUGAUGUGAGGGUGCAUGGUUAGAAAUCAAGACUGGUAAUGUAGACAAAAAUGAUGUCUUUGAGUGUGGGUGAAACCAAGGGACAAAGCAG